GGUUACCCUAUCUCAAUAGCUUUCAUUAUUUGAAAAUAUUCAUUGAUAAUUUCACCCAUUAAGUCCUAUUAUUUGUUUAAAGAUACUUAAUAUUUUAUAUUACAAUACUAGAUUUUAUUGAUGAUCAUGAAAGCACGGCUAAGAUUAGUACCAUUUGAUUUUUUACUAAUCCCUUUCAGAACAAAAAGUGAAUUUUUUAUUUCUACUCCAAUAUUUUAUGUAAAUGCAUCUCCACACAUUGGGCAUUUAUAUUCUGCUGUCAUUGCUGAUGCUGCUCAUAGAUUUAAUACUAUUUUGGGAUACAAAUCUACAUUCAGCACUGGAACUGAUGAGCAUGGCACAAAAAUCCAACAAGCAGCUGCCUCUUCCAAUACUCCACUUCCAAUAUAUUGUCAAAGUAUAUCCUCGAAAUUCAAAAAAUUAUUCAAAGAUUGUGACAUAAACUAUUCAAACUAUAUAAGAACUUCAGACCCUAAACAUAAAUAUACUGUUCAGAAAUUCUGGAAUGCAUUGAGUCAUAAAGGUUAUAUUUAUCAUGGAAGUUAUUCUGGGUGGUAUUGUGAUGCAGAUGAAGCUUUUGUUCCUGAAAACCAAGUCACAAAAAUUGUUUCAGAUGGAAAAGAAAUUCCCAUUUGUGCUGAUUCUGGAAGGCCAGUACACUGGGUUGAAGAAGAAAAUUAUAAAUUCAAGCUCACUUUGUUUCAGGAUGAUGUUCGAAGAUGGUUGGAAAAAGAAGACUCAGUUCGUCCAGAGAAAUUCAAAAGACAACUUUUUAAAUGGAUUGAUGAAGGUGUUAUGUCUAAUGAUAUAUCAGUUUCAAGACCUUCUGAAAGAGUUCACUGGGGUAUUCCUGUACCAAAUGAUGAAACACAAACUAUUUAUGUUUGGUUAGAUGCUCUUGCUAAUUAUUUGACUGCAGUAAAUUAUCCUGAUAUGUGCAUAUGGCCACCAUCAGCACAAGUGUUAGGCAAAGACAUUAUUAAAUUUCAUGGAAUAUAUUGGCCAGCAUUUUUGAUGGCAUGUGAUUUAGAACCUCCUAAAAUGUUACUAGUGCAUUCUCACUGGACUGUUGACGGAGAAAAAAUGUCAAAAUCAAAAGGGAAUGUAGUAUGUCCAUUUGAAGCCAGCAAAUUAUUUACUUCUUCUGGUCUUCGUUAUUUUUUACUUAGAGAAGGAACUCCACAUUCAGAUAGUAACUAUAGUGAAACAAAAGCACUAAGAAUUUUGAAUUCUGAAUUAGCUGAUACCCUCGGGAAUUUGUUAAACAGAUGUUGUGCACCGACAAUCAAUGAGAAACAAGAAUUUCCUAAAUUUAAUGAGUCAUCCUUUGAAAAAUAUUCUAAAGAUGCUGCUAAUGAUUUAAUAUCAUCAGUAAAUAUGCUUCAAGAUGAAGUUAAAAGCCAUUACACAGACUUUAAUUUCUAUCGUGGAAUCAACCUAAUAAUAUCAAGCCUACACCUCGCUAAUAAGUUCUUUGAAGAGAGUAAACCUUGGCAAUUAAGAAAAUGUGUUAAUUCCAGUGAACAUUUAGAAUUUGUUCUUCAUUUGACGAUGGAAACUUUAAGAAUAUGUGGAAUAGCUUUGUUGCCCAUAAUUCCACAGAUUUCAUCGUUACUUUUAGAUAAGUUGUCUAUUCCUCAAUCUUUAAGAAAGUGGGAAAACAUGUCUCCUAGUUGGAUAACCAAUACUAGUCAUUCAGUUUUAUUAAAUGCUGAUAAAGUUAUUUUAUAUAAAAAAAUUCAGAGUUUUAAGUAAAUCAUUUUUUAUUAUUACUUUGCUGAUUACAAUAACAAUAAUAAUACUAUAGAUAAUAAAAUGUGAACUUAAUGUAUAUUUUAUUGUACUUAUUUGAAAAACAAAGAAUCCUUGUGAAAUUUGUUAUACCUAUGUGUCUUUAUGCCUUAGAAUAGAAUAGAAUAGAAAAAUACUUUUAUUCUGGGACACAGUCCCUUAAGAAUAACAAAAUAAAAAGAUUACAUCUGGCCAAAAUAAAAUCAAUCGAAAAAAAAAAAAAAAUGUAAAGAAAAUAUAAGGUAAACAUUCUAUAUACAAAACAAAUGAAACUAUUUGCAAAAACAAUUAAUACUAUGACAAGACACUUAAAGCUAUUUGCACUGAUAGUAUACACUCUUAAGAAAAUAAUAAAGAAUUAAAAAAUAAAAAUAUAUCAAAUUCUCUAUUAAAAUCACCUCGAAUGGUUAGCAACUAUCUGACUGUUUUUGGGAUAGGAAUUGGAAUAGAAGGGUUUUGAAUGUGAAUAUGGAUGGGGAAUGUCGAAUUUUGAUAGGGAGGGAAUUCCAGAAAUUGACAGAGCGAACAAUAAAGGAAUUUUGGAAUGACGCAGAUCUGUGAGAAGGCAUGUAAAGGUUAGAAGGUCAAGAUCUUGAGGACAGGGAAUGGACUGAGGAUUUGAACUGGAGAAGGUUGAAGGCGCAAGAAGGACGAUGUUUGUUGAUGAUUUGGUAGAGGAACGUACCUAGGAAAUAUUGUCUUUGGAAGGAGGGGAAAAGCCACUUUAACUCAGCGUAGUGGUGAGAAACAUGGGAGUAUCUUGGGGCCCCGAUCACAAAUCUUACGCAGCUGUUCAUUAGUCUUUUCAGUCUAUCGCGGAGCUCCACAGAGAGGCCAUCAUACGCCACACAGCUAUAGUCAAAGUGGGGGAAAAUGAGAAAGGAAACUAGGAGUCUAGGUGUAUGUUGAGGUAGGCGAUGGAAUAGUUUGAGGGUGGAAAUUGUCUGUCGAGGGAUAUGAGAAAUAUGGUGAUUCCAAAAGAGGUUUUGAUCAAUGAAAAUCCUAAAUUUUUAAUAGAGGAGUAGAAGGAGAUUGGCUGGUCAUUAAGGUGAAGGAUGGAAAAGUCUGUAUGGGAUCUAAGAAGGGGCUUGGAAGCAUUGACAAUGGCCUGAGUUUUGGCAGCAUUCAACCUUAAUCCAUUUACAUUUGCCCAAGCACUGAUUUGAUCUAGGUCUUCUUGGAUCUUGGCAAAUGCCCCCAGUAACUCAGGAGGGGAAAAUGAUAUGUACAUCUGUAAAUCGUCUGCAUAAAGGUGGUGGGAACAAUGGAGAAUUGAUUUAGGUAGGUCGUUAAGUAGUAGCUGAAAAGGCCUAGGAGCCUUACAUAAUUUACACUUUUUAUUUACUGCAAAGACAGUAAAAUUUUUAAGGUGGAUAUUCUAUCAAUAUAUCCAACUGAUACUGAAUUUAAGGUGUUUUUUUCCCACUCAUAAUGUAUUUAGUUUAAAUAUAGUAUUUAUUAUACUGACCUAUAGGCAAAAAAUUACUGAAAAAAUAAAAAUUAUCUUUAUCUUACUGUUGGAUAUUUUCUAUUGGCACUUGUACACUGAUUAUAGACUAGUGAUGGGUACAAUCAUUCUUUUUAAGGACGUAAUCUGUUUAGUUCAGUUCACCUUAUUGAACUAGUUCAUUAGUUCACUUAGAUUUCAGCGCUAUCUAAAGUAACACAUAUGGUACAAGAUCUAGUACCAUUGUGUUACAGUAGAUGGCAAAAGUUGUAGUUCACUAAGUGAACUAUGACUGUUCCCAUAUAACACAAUCUGUGGAUUUGACUUCUGAUUGAUUUUAUCUAAUAAAACCUUCUCACAUAAAAUUUAUAACUUAUUAACUAUUUUUGGUGGGUAUUUAAAAUUUUAAGAAUUAAAAGGAACUAAACAUUUCUGUCAUCAUCCUAUGAAAUAUUAAAUUAUCAAAAGUAGUCUGACCACGACUUUUGAGAUUGAAAAAGACAAUAACAACAACAAUACAAGUAAUUAAUUGUUUCUAGUCAGAAGAAUGAUAUGAAGCUCAAGCCAUUAAAUUGAAACUGGAGACCUAUUGAACUAGAAAAAAAAAAGAGAGAGGUUU